AUGUCUUUUACAAAGAGCCCAACUCGGACAGAGACCAUCCUAUCUCGAGGACAAGUCGAAGGUCUCAUUGCAGAUGGACGAUCAAUCAUUAUCCUCGACCAGAGAGUAUUGAAGGUCGAUGCUUGGUUGAAGUAUCAUCCCGGUGGCGACAAGGCUAUCAUGCACAUGAUUGGUAGAGAUGCCACGGACGAAGUAAAUGGUUUUCACUCCCCCGAAGCUCGCAAACAAAUGGAACGAUAUCGAAUCGGCCGUGUUGAGGGCAGAUGGAAAAACUUUGUACCUCCUAUUCAAGGUGGAAAGUUCAGGUCAUAUUGUGAAGGUGUGGCCGAUUCCGAGGACGAAGAGCAGGUUAUUGAAGAUCACUCCAUGGACUCCGAUAUAUCACGAACACCCUCGCCCAUAUUUGAUGCAGAGAUUCGGCAGCGCCUUGCUAGGAAAGCCGAAUUGCAUUCGUCCUCUGCAUCGUCAGUUUCGACCGCUGCAGAACCGGACGAUGGUAUGUCUUACCUGGAUGCUCGUACCAAAGAACAGAUCGAUUUAGACAUCGCCAAAUAUCCACCGCUAGACCUUGACACCCAGGAUGAGGUCGUGCAGAAGUACCGAAUUCUGGAUCAGCGGCUGAGAGCGGAGGGUCUUUACGACUGCAACUAUACGGCAUAUGCCGUUGAAGCCUGCAGAUACACAUUUCUCUUCUGCAUGAUGCUACUUUUCCUACGUUGGGGAUGGUACGCCACCAGUGGGAUGUUUCUCGGAUGCCUAUGGCAUCAACUCGUGUUCACUGUACAUGAUGCAGGGCACAUGGGAAUCACUCACAAUUUUGUUAUCGACACAACCAUCGGAAUCAUCAUCGCAGACUUUAUAGGCGGUCUGUCUGUUGGAUGGUGGAAACGCAAUCACAAUGUCCAUCACAUUGUCACAAAUUCUCCUGAGCAUGAUCCUGAUAUCGAGCACAUGCCAUUUUUUGUUAUUUCACACAGGUUCCUAGAGUCUCUCACUUCCUCCUUCUAUGAACGGGUAAUGGCCUUCGAUGCGGUUGCGAAAUUGAUUCUACCGUAUCAGCAUUAUUUGUACUACCCUAUUCUCACUUUUGGACGUUUCAAUCUAUAUGUCCUUUCAUGGGAGUAUCUCAUUCGCGGACUUGGUCCGAAGAAGGGUCCUGCGUGGUGGCAUCGCUGGCUAGAGAUCACGGGCCAGGUUUUCUUCUGGUAUUGGUUUGGGUAUGUUAUCAUGUACAAGACGAUUCCGACCGCUUCGGGGCGUUGGGCUUUCCUCAUGGUCAGCCACAUGGUCACCAUGCCCCUGCACGCCCAGAUCACAUUGUCUCACUUCUCGAUGAGCACUGCGGAGCUCGGGCCCCACGAAUCGUUCCCCCAGAAAAUGCUUCGGACAACAAUGGACAUCGACUGCCCACAAUGGCUCGAUUUCUUUCAUGGAGGCCUACAGUUCCAGGCCAUUCACCAUCUGUUUCCCAGGAUGCCAAGACACAAUCUCAGAAGGGCUCAAAAACUCGUGCAAGAGUUUUGCACGGAUGUAGGCAUUCCAUAUGCGUUGUAUGGAUUUGUGGAUGGAAGCAGAUCUGUGAUCGGUAGACUCGAGGAGGUCGGGAGGCAGGCGGCUAUACUUGCAAAAUGUCAAAAGACACUCGCUGAAAAUGACGAGAUAUUCCAUGGGCACUAA